AUGUCAGGAACAACCAGACCAAAUUCACAAGUCAUAAUUCAGAAGGAAGGAAGUUCUCUUUCCCAAUUCCAGUGUCCUAUUUUGAAAGCAACAAACUAUACGGUUUGGGCAAUUCGCAUCAAAACGAUAUUGGAAGCAAAUGGACUUUGGGAAAUGAUUGAACCAGCAGAAAAUACACAGACGGAUGUUAAGAAAGAUAAGAUGGCAAUUGCUUAUCUAUUCCAAGCAAUACCGGAAGACGUUGUAUUGCAAGUUGCAAGUUGCAAGACUGCAAAGGAAAUUUGGGAAAAUCUCAAGACUAGACAUGUUGGUGUAGACCAUUUGCAAAAGGCGCGUUUACAUACACUCAUGUCAGAAUUUGAGUUAUUGCAAAUGAAGGAAGAUGACACAAUAGACGAGUUCACUACAAAGAUCAAUAAUAUUGUUACACGGGCAAGCAAGUACGGAAGGACGUUGAAUCAAUCCACUCUGGUACAAAAACUUCUAAACGCCGUGCCAGAUAGAUUUAUUCAAAUAGUUGCAUCGAUCGAGCAAUACUUCGAUCUAGACACAAUGAUGCUAGACGAAGCUAUUGGCAUAUUAAAAACGUAUGAAGAAAGGUUAACGUUGAAGAAAAAGGUAAGCCCCGUGAACAAUCUAGAAGAACUUUUGUUUGCGGGUUAUGGACAACAUGUUGGAAAUCAUGGACGAGGGAGAUUCCGUCCGUCACGAGGCCGAGGGAGAGGCAAUUAUCAACAUAGAGGUGGAGGACACACCUCUUACGAGUCGGAAGGAACCGACAAACCACAAAGGGAUGAUAGCAAGCAAGAGACACCGACUAUGAGAGAUAAGUCAAAAAUCACUUGCUACAUUUGUGAGAAACUUGGGCACUAUGCCUAUGAAUGCCCAACCAAGAAAACCAAAGAAAGUGAGACACUCUUGGUCGAAACAGAAGAUGAUGAUGAACCGACACUUCUGAUGUGCCUAGACGAUGAAGAGCGGUAG